AUGUCCCACGGAAAGCAGUUCACAUUGUACACCUCCAAGAGAGGUCUCAACGGAUGGAAGGUGGUGUUGGUGUUGGAAGAGCUCGGCCUGACAUAUGAGUCCAUCUAUCUCGACCUCGACAAAGGCGAGCACAAGGCCCCCGAACACACGAAACACAACCCGAACGGGCGUAUCCCGACCAUCAUCGACCACAAGAACAACGACUACACCUUGUGGGAGUCGGAUGCGAUCCUGCUGUAUCUCGCCGAGCUCUACGAUCCCGAGCAUAAGAUCUCCGUCGUCGACGCGAACGAGAAGUUUCAGCAGCUCCAGUGGCUGUUCUUCCAGGCGUCGGGCCAGGGCCCGUACUUUGGCCAGGCGGCGCAUUUCAUGCGCUACCACAGCGAGCAGCUCCCAAGUGCGCAGGAGCGCUACAACAACGAGGUCAAGCGCGUGUUCGGCGUGCUCGAGAGCGUGCUGUCGAAGCGGGAGUGGCUGGUCGGUGGGAAGGUGACGAUUGCAGACUUGUCCUUUAUCCCCUGGAUCACCAGGACCCAUACCACCUUCUUGGCGACCGAGUUCCCUGCCACCGCGGCAUGGAACAGCAAGAUUCGCGAGCGGGCUUCUGCGAAGAAGGUCCAGGAGACGCUUGCGGCUGUGAGCGCGGCAUAAAUACUGAUAUUGAACUUGUUGUAUCAUUAAACUAAGAGCAAGACUCUGAGAGACAAAGAGUUAGCUACAAUCGGAAAGAUGCUCGUUGAUUGAGAACUCACUUUAGCGACAGCACAGCUCGAGACUGGGGACAUC